AUGAAAUCAAUCUCCCUAUUAGCGGCCAUUGCCGCUGUAGUACAAGCCCAAGAGGUGUACAUCACAACCACUGGCUACACAGCGCGGCCACAAUGCACUGAAGCUCCGGCUAGACCGACUUACCGUUUCCAGUCGUUCUCGUAUGCAUCGCUCAACGACACUGUUCGAUAUGCCAUCUCAGUCCCUUCUCCAACAACUACUCACACCUACGGACCGGCAUACUCUGAGGCAGUAGCAAAGCUGUCAACCACCCUCUCAACCACAACAUGGGGCAGUUGGCUACCGACCCAAACCGUCAUCUCUGCGACUGAUACAGCUGACAAUUCUACGCCACUACCUACCACUGAACUUGUCCUUCCACCACGGGACUACUUUGGCCCAACCGAUUGCUACAACUUUCCCGAGGGGUUCACAUUUGGAGUUGCCGGAUCUGCUGCUCAGAUCGAAGGUGCCAUUGGCCUUGAAGGGCGUGCGCCGAGUAUUCUCGAAAAGAUGCUGCCAGACACAAAGCCACAGGAUUACGUGACAAAUGAGAAUUACUAUCUGUAUAAACGGGAUAUUCAACGUUUGGCAUCGAUUGGCGUCAAGUAUUACAGUUUUUCGAUCUCCUGGGGUCGAAUUCUCCCAUUCACCGUCCCCGGUAGUCCGAUCAAUGAACAAGGAAUCAAACACUACAAUGAUCUGAUUGAUUAUGUCCUUCUGGUCGGGAUGGUGCCUAUUGUGACGAUGCUUCACUUCGAUACUCCACUGUACUUUCUCAAUGCGUCUGCUGGUUACGUAACGCCGGAUAUCGGAUACCAGAAUGGCGGAUAUUGGAAUGAAGAGUUUGUUAAUUCGUUUGUGAACUACGGCAAGAUCUUAUUUACGCAUUUUGCGGAUCGCGUUCCGUUCUGGGUUACGAUUAAUGAGCCUCUGUUGUAUGGGUUCAAUUUUACGGGACUGGAUAAUGUUGUCCAUGCUCAUGCGGAGCUGUAUCAUUUCUACCAUGACACUUUGAAUGGGACUGGAAAAGUGGGAUUGAAGUUGAGUGAUAACUUUGGCGUACCCAAGAAUCCCGAGAAUCAGACUGAAAUCGAGGCCGCAAAUCGUUUCAAUGACAUGCAACUUGGAGUGUUUGCAUAUCCUAUCUGUCUUGGCCAGCAAUAUCCCACAUCCAUCCUCAACACUCUACCUGGAGCCAAACCACUCAGCAAAAACGAACUUGAGUAUAUCGGCAAGACCACCGAUUUCAUUGGCAUCGACGCCUACACGGCCGCCGUCAUCUCCGUUCCCGGCGAAGGUAUCGAAAAAUGCGCCAAACAGAACAUGGCCACCAAUUCCCUCUACCCAUACUGUGUUACCCAAGAAACGGUAAACACAUAUGGCUGGGACAUUGGCUACCGCUCCCAAUCCUACGUCUAUAUCACGCCCAUAUAUCUGCGCCCAUAUCUCUCCUACCUCUGGAACACGUACAAAACCCCCAUCAUCCUUAGCGAAUUUGGCUUUCCCGUCUACGCCGAGUCAACCCGCGAUUUAGUCGAUCAAUUGUACGACUCUCCCCGGAGUCAGUAUUAUCUGUCGUUUAUGUCCGAAGUACUCAGAUCGAUAUGGGAAGAUGGGGUGAAUGUCAUUGGAGCAAUUGCGUGGAGUUUUAUGGAUAAUUGGGAGUUUGGGGAUUAUGCGCAGCAAUUUGGCAUGCAGGUGGUGAAUCGAACGACGCAGGAGAGGUGGUUUAAGAAGAGUUUCUUUGAUAUUGUGGACUUUAUGGGUGCGAGGAAUGGGUUGGGUCAUUAA